UUUAUCUGUUUGCAAAUGUUCAGUGGAAUGGUUUGAAACCCAGCCUUGUCGUUGCUUACGCCCACACACACAGAGCUGCAGUGGUGCAGACGCUCUCGCAGGCAAACCAUAUUACCAGCCCUGGCCACGAAACCUCUUCCCACACUCAUGUAGGCUGGAGAUCUCCCCCUCCUGAGACCCCUCCUCACCUCUGCCAGGCCUGGGCACCCCCUUCCCAAAUUCCGCCUUGAAAUGCCAGCGAUGGGGCUGCUCUGAAGAAGGGGAGGCAGCAGGAGCAGCCAAGGCAGCUCUGAGGAGAGCCAGGAGGAUGUUGUCGCUCCUUAUUCACGGGGCUUCAGGAGGACGCAGAAUCCCCCCACCUGCCUGGGGCCUGACCCCUUAAAGAUCAUUCCGGUUCCUGGGAUGUGCCAGAGGAUGGAGGUGCCCCCAGCCAGCUGUUCAGCCACACCAGCCACAAACCAGCCAGUACAGACCCUGUGCCUCCAGGCUUCCCAUAGCAAGCAGACCUCACCCCAUCUCACCGGCCCCGUCAUCUUGCAACCUGAACAAAACCUGCCUCCCACAGUGUAUCUGAAGGCCCUCACCAUCCCGCUGUACCACCCGGUGCAGUCUGGAUGCUUCCAACCGAGCCACUCACUUGUGGCCAACGGGGGCAGCUUCAGCUUGGAUGGCGGCAGCCUCCCCUUGAUUCUGAGUCCACUGCUGCACUCAGACCGGACAGAAGUAACCCAGCCAAGGAAGUCUCAGAGCCAAACGCUUACUGUGAACCUCGUGGGUGCUCUACCUGUCUUGUCCCCUGCUGCCUCCUGCUCCAGCACAGCCUUGGGAAGCCCUGGGAAGUCCCGAAAUGCAGGAAAGUAUCUGUGCCAGCACUGUGGGCGGGACUGCCUGAAGCCCAGUGUGCUAGAGAAACACAUCCGUUCCCACACAGGGGAGAGGCCUUUCCCUUGCACUACCUGUGGCAUUGCCUUCAAGACUCAGAGCAACCUGUACAAGCACAGAAGGACCCAGACACACAUCAACAAUACUCGGCUGUCAUCUGAGUCUGACAGCAGUGGCCUCCUGGAAGAGGGGGACAGACUGGCAGAGACCCUCCCACAGCUCUCCAAAUCAGAGCAGAGGGGUGAGGAAAAGGAAGAUGUGGGAGAGGAAUAUGGGGCUUCAGAGACCACUCCGUCUCCCAGCACCCUGGCAACGGGGCAGCCGGGGCCCCCAGCUUUGAAGUCCUUCUCAUUCAAGAGCCUAGAGACAAAGCCCACCAUUUCUCCUAGUCACGGGCCCACUCCUGGGGCCUCAGACAAGGAAGCCCCAUUGGAACAUCCAUCUAGGGCUUCCCCAGGGCUUUUGCCAGGAGGGGUGGCCCAGAGAUGGAAGAUGCAGGAACAGCGCUCACCAACAGCCAGCAAACACAGCCAGCUGCAGAGGCAGCAAGCAACCUACUCGGAGAAGCACUGGGACUCCAGGGUUUCUGAGGGCAAGCUGAAGAAAUGUGAGAGCACGGACUCAGGCUACCUGUCCCGGUCUGACAGUGCAGAACAGCAAAUGCUCUCCUCGAGUCCCCUGCACAGCUUGUCUGAACACAGUGUGGAGUCAGAGAAUGAGAAUCCUCCUGGGCUCCUCAAAGGAACAGAAUCCCCUGGUGCUAAAGUCCAUCCUGGGGAGAGAGCAACUGCCCUGAUGCUGGAGAAAAAGAAGCUUGAGGAACACAUUUCCAAACUCAUCUCCCACAACAAGGCUGUGGUGGAUGACACCCAGCUGGACAAUGUCAGGCCCAGGAAGACCAUUCUCUCAAAGCAGGGAAGCAUCGAUCUCCCUAUGCCUUACACUUACAAAGACUCCUUCCAUUUUGAUAUCAGAUCCCAUGAUAAUAUCCGGAAGAAGAACAUGACGUUAUGCUCUGUCAAAUCCACCUUCACUCCCCUGGAAAAAUCCAAGCCGCCCUUCUUCCACUCAGUCCCUACUCAGUUUUCCACCACUGUGGACUGUGUGCCCGUCACGAGGAGCAAUUCCUUGCCAUUUGUUGAAGGCACAAGAACCUUCCAGGAGAAGGCAGGGAAUCCUUGGGCAUCCUGCCUCUUGAAGCAGUCCCCAAGUCCUGGCUCCUCACAUCAUCCACAUGGUGACAGUUCUGUACCUCGGUCUGUGGAUUUUCCCAGCAGUCACCCCCGGGCCCUGGUCAGACAAACUGCAAUAGAGGAUCUGCCACUGGGCCAUCCUUCUGAUCACCAGACUUUGCCAACCGAACAUCAGAAUAGUGGGAAAAAACCAAGUGGGGAGUGUACCUCUGUAAAAUGCAAGGUGGCAGGAAAGAAAUUCAGUCAGAGAAAACUGAAGAUGUUCUCCCAGGAGAAGUGGCAAAUGUAUGGAGAUGAAACAUUUAAGAAAAUAUACCAGAAAACAAAAACUGCUCAAAGUCCAAAGAAGCCAAGGGAAACAAGGCUGGGUGACAUGAGAAACUUGGGCUCUGAAGUGAAGGAGGCCAGCAGUGGAGAGGGGAUGGCAGGUCCCAGAGACACCCGGGCCUUGACAUGUGGGGGGAUUAGUUCCAGCCCCCAUGUCACUUCUCCACCAGGGACAAACACAACAGAGCCCAAUGCUACAGGAUAUCAGCCAGCCCCAGCAAUGGCACUGUCUGAGAAUUUGAGAAGUUUUGUAGACUGUAAGGAGACAUCUCAGCUGAUGGGAAGCAGUGCCCAUCCUCGAGUGAACAGAGCUGGGUCAUCCCCAACCCUUAGCUGCAGCAUCACUUCUAAUGUGGCUCAUCACCCAGGGAGCUGGAGCCCUCUGCCAGCCUCCAGUGGCAGGCAGGCAGUGAGGUACCAGAUGCUAAGGGAAACCUGUGCACCAUGCCCAUGUGCCCUUCCUACUGAUGACAGGAGGUCUUUCACUCCCUUUUCACAAGACUCUUCCACCCUUGUCCUAGAUCAGGAAGCCAUUCUUCCCAGUGAUGGGGAUGAAAAAGAAAGGAAUCACUGGGCCCAGAUAGUUCCUAAGCUGCAAGACUGUGGCCCGGGCAAAAUUUUGCCAGUGUCAGAAAAACUCCCAUCUGAGAGAAAAAAGCUAAAGGUGGAGGAACUGAGUAGUAAAAAAAAUUGGGUGUUCUUAGAAUCAGGAGGGGAAGGGAGGAAAGGGCUAGAUUGCUCCCCCAUGGGGACCUACUCAGACUCUAGGACAGAUAAUGCCCCUGGGGGAGAGAAUGGCUUAGACAUAAGACCCAGCGAAUGCAGCAGGAAUCCUGAAGGCAUGAAGAGAGAGAGGGAUGGCAGUGAGAGUGGUGGUAGCCCAGGAGAGCCCAUGGCGUCUGCCUCCGAUUCAGGGAAUGUGCCAUUGGAAGCAUUUCCUGCAGCUGGACUGACAAACAGAAAAGACCCCAGACACUCUUCUUUUGGUGACUCUGCCCCUGGGGGAACCAGCAAGGAUCCUGAGCCCCUGGAAGGAAGUCACUUCUCACUUACGACUGCCAGUGCGACUUCUGAGCUGCCUAUUCCUCAGAAAGACAAUGUGUUUUCUCCAAAGUAUAUCCUCCAGUUACCUCAAGAGGAGACUCCAGCUGAAUUAUCCAUCACCACGAGCAAGGAGCAGGAAAAUAAGCCCCUCAGAAGCAGCAGGAAGCCAAAUGACACUGAAUCUCUGGCCCAGCCUGUGUGUCUCCCCCAGACAGAAUGUUCGGUGGUUGGGAUAGGUUUGCAGCUCAGUGGAGUGACCUCCACGAUGACUUUGGCAUCUUCUUUGUCUCCCAGACGGGCCCACCCUGGCAGCAUCCUUCCUGAGGUAGCCAGCAGCUGUGAGAGCCCGAGACACACUCAGCCCAGAGAUGGAAUGAAGGGAACCCGGAUGGGAGCAGACACUGGAGACACAGCAGUCAGUAAGGGGCAGGCAUCUGAGGAGACCAGGAGGGCCAUGAGCUGCUCCAAGCAGGCCCAUGAGAAAGUUUCUUUUGCCUCUGUUUAUGCAAGCAGCUUUCUUAUAGCAACUGACAUUAAAGAUGAGGGUCAGCUCUUCAGCCACCUCCAUUCGGGGAGUACUGCUUUGUUGGUGACAUCCACAUCUGGAAGAGGGGCAUCUUCUCUGGAUACUUCUGAGCAGUUGCUUCAGGGCUGGGAGCUAUGUGAGGCUUCCUUAAAUGGCCCAGAACAUCCUCCAAAAGGCUUGGAGGGCCCUCCUGGGUCACUGAAGAAUGCCAGCAUUUGCCAUUCCUUUGAAAGCUUUUACUGCCAUGCUGUCCCCACUCAGCACCGGGACUCCCCAGCCUGGUCCCAAAUCAGCCUGACUUCACACUCAGGGUACCCUCAGAGCUGUGGGGCCAGGGGCUCCUUCCCCUCCCUAAGUGCCGAGCCUCGCCUUACAUGGUGUUGCCUCAGCAGGAGCCUCCCUCUGCCUGCAGAGCAGAAGGAGAAGGCCCACUCUGUGUAUUCUUCCUUGCACGUUUGUGACAAUAACCCCAGGGAAGAGGGUGCAAGUUCCAGGAGGGACUUUUCCUUUCUGGAUAUGAAAAACACAUCCCAGGCAGUCACCUACGGAUUGACAAGUGGAAGCCUGAAAACUCUGAUCUCUUCAGUGUCAUGGGGGGAGCAGAAACCAAAGCUGUCCCGGGCAAUAGGUGCAGGGCGAGUGUCUGGUGAAAAGGUUUCAGAGCCAGAGAAGAAGAAAGGAGUGCCCUGUAGGAAGGGGAAGGCGGCUACAAAUCCUGCUGGUGUGAGCAACAAGCAGAAGAGACAGCUUAACAUCAAAAGGUAUAAACGAGGCCAUCUGCAGGGAUGUGUUCAUCUGAAAGCCAGCCGACUUCGGAAGCAACGCUGGGCUCUGAGAAAGCAUCACUGUCCUCCUAUGUGCGGUGGCCAUGAACAGUACAAGGCUUGUCAGCCUUCUUCACCAGAACAAGCAGGUCCAAGUCAACAAGGGAAGUCAUCUGGUAUAAUUUCAGAACCGUCCCUUUGCUGUGAGGAUGGCCCAAAGAAUGAAGAUAACAGUAAAAGUAACUCAGGAAACAUUUUUCCCAGUAUAAGUGCAAGAAGCUUCGAGGAAACAGACAAACCACAUGUGGAAGAUUUUCCUCUGUCUGCCAGUGAGUGUGGUGAGCCGACUCUUCAGAACACUACCACCACAUCAGGAUUACCUCUGGAAACACAUGGCUUGGCCACAGCUAAGGCUAAGCUUUUUCCAUAUGACAGCGCCCUCAGUCCUGGAAUGCUGUUGACUCCUUCCCAGGACACACUGAAAAACGUUUCGAUAGACUCAACUUCAAAAAGUUACUUAGAUCCUUUGGGGCCCUCCUGUUUGGAUGCCAAGGAUACAUUUCAUCCUCCAGAGGCUUCCCCAUCUGGGUCUGCUGUUACUGUUUCUUUAGGGGCCAAAUCAACCCAGAAAACCCUGAAGAUUCACAGUGAUGAGGCUCAGGCCUCAGGUUCUGCUACAGUAGAGCCUCUGUCACAACACAUCCCAAGCAGGGAACCCAUCGUAGUAGGCAGGCCAUGUUCACCAUUACCAGAAAAAUCCUCUGGAUCCAGAAUUUCACACUUGGCUUCAUUGGACGUGGCUGGGAAGACGCAACUGGAGACGCCGGCUUUGGGACCUAGUACAGGUAAUUUACAUCAAGUGACAGUAAGACCCCGGACAUACUUUUCUACCAGCAGUUAUUAUAGUUGUGGAGAAAAGCAUGGAAGCUGCAUAGAAGGAGGUGACAGUGAGAAAAAUCAAAUAACUAGAAUGAUUACCAGUAUGGAGAGCACUGUUGCUGCUAGUCCUGCAGUGUCCUCAGACAUCUCUGGAGCAUCUUCUAAAUCCCUCAAGAGGAGGAGCCUAGAAGGGAUGAGGAAGCAAACUCGAGUAGAAUACAGUGACACCAGCAGUGACGACGAAGACCGCUUAGUUAUAGAACUCUAGAGACUCUUGAAAACAGAAGGCCUACAUUACAAAAGGAUGCAGGGAAUAGGCAUACUUGUAAAUGUCACUGAAUGGACAGGAAAACUGAAUUUUCUCUCAUGAUGCACCUUAAGAUUAGGAAAAAAAAAACCUUUUUGAAAGCUAGGGACCAAGUUAUGGCAAAAAAGCCUACCACCGAAUGGCUCUGCAAGACAGCGGGAACGAAAGGCGACUUUGCUGUGGCAGAGGUAGUCAUGAAGUCCUUGUUUCUGAAUGGAACCUGUAAAUAGUCUCUGUAUCUGAACUCCCUAUGACUUUCAGCUUUCUCUAUAUCCCCUCUUUCCUUGCUCUGUUGAGUUUUCUUAAUCCUUUGCUCCCUAGAAGGGGCCCACUAUGUUUACGAGUGUCAGAGACGUCUAUAAAAUUAUGGCGACCACCUUCGGUGAGGGGAAUAAAGGGUGUACUGUCCUUGGUAUACACGAGUGUAGAGAACAGGCAUAAGGCUUUUGGAUAACUGAGUCAUAUAAAGUGAGUAUUGUGAUUUAGAACAGGAAAGGAACCUUAGAGAUCAUUUAGCCCAACCUCUUCAUUUUGCAGAGGAGGAAAUGAGGGCCUUGAAAGAUUAAAUGACUUGGCUAAGGCUACUUACUAAAUGAUAGAGCCAGGGACUCAAACCCAGGUCUUCUGGCUCCAAAUCAAGGUUCUCUUUCCACUACAACACAACCCCCCAUUAGGGACUUAAGCCAAUUCUGGCUAAUUGAAUUCUGAUUUAUACAAAACCCCUGAAAUUUGUCUAUAAAAUCUUAGCCUUUUUAGUGGAAAUUAUAACUAAACUCCAAACACAUGCAACAUGAUGAAAUGAUGAAAAUUUUAAAAUGUUGCACAAAUGACCAAUGCUCAUUUAUAGUCAGAUGACACAACUAUGUCUUGCUUCUGGGCCUUGUGACUUUUCUGUUUGGAACUUUUAAAAUCCUUGUCUUUUCAGUUCUUUGAGAACACUGACAUUUAAAAGCUAACUGGGGCAGUUUCUCUGAAAUGAAAGGUUUUUUGGGGGGGAGGGAGAGGACAAUAUUACAUGAUUUUCUUUGAUCCCAUUGUCAUAUUGUGGUUUCAUUUAGGGUGUUAUAUUUUGGCCAUCUCCAAAGCUUAAAUCUAUGCCUUACUCAACCAGGAAAAAAAGGCUUUUAUAUUUUUUUCCAAAAGCAUGAACAAUACAAAACUAAAUGGAGUUUGAUCCUGCUUUUUAAGUUUUAGUCAUUUUAUUUGAGAAGUUUCCUAUGAAUUUUACUAUGAAUUAAGUUUCUGUUUAUUAUAUAAAUCAGAUUAGGAUCAGAUCAAAAAGAAAAACCUUUAAUACUCCUAGCCAUAACAUGACUCAAUGAAUAAAAUAACAGGCAUAUGCCACUCAGCCUUGUGAAUUUACUAUAUUCUUAAUUUCUCUAGUUGGAAAGUUUAAAGAAGUUUGCACUGCUGUAUUAUCAUUUUAUACUUGCCUUUGGUAUGAUUUUGUACAAUUUAAAAAUUUAUAAUGUAGGAUCUUUUGGAUUAACUUUCUUGUAAUGAUGUUUAUUUGCCAGUUUAUGCUUCAGAGGAAAAAAGAAAAAUGAGACCUAUCUCACGCAUCUGAUGGUGAUGUUGCAGUGGGUCCUAGGUCUUGUCUAUGUAUGAUCAAUUUUCAAUGACCUUUAUUUGAAAUAUCUCCUUUUAGGAUUACCUAUGCCAUCUCUCUGUUACUCAGAACAUAGGUACUGUCAAUUAAUAUAUACUUAGAGAAGGUAAACUAACUUUAAUAUUAGCUAAUAAAAGCAUAAAUAUGAACAUUAUUCACUUGACCUUGGGCAAGUCAUUUAAAUCAUCUGAUCCUCAGCUUCCUCAUCUGUACAAUUAGGGGGUUGGAUUAGAUAACCUAUAAGGUCCCUUCCAGCUCCAGAUUUGUGAUCCUUUGAUCUAGAAUGAUUUUAUAGCUGGGUGUGCUUCCUUUCUCCAUUGCUCAUUAUUGAAAGCUUUCCAUGCCUUUCCAUCCUGUGUAAUUCUCAUUCUUGUCAUUUCAUAAAUCUCUACUGACUUGGAGUCCUUCUGCUGGUCGUGUUACUAUGUAUGGGGGCCCAACAAAGCAGCUGAGCUGGCCAUCUAUUGUAUUUCAUUCUAUGUACUUGCCUGCAUCAUUUCACCAUUUCAAAACUCAAUAUGAUCAUUGGAUUAUCUGGGCAAGCACCACCUGCUCCCCCAGGAGGGCUUUCUUGUACCCAGCCUCCCCACAGUUGCAGAAAUUGCCAUUCCUUCUAAAGUUACUUUCCAUCUACUCAGCAUUUAUCUCACAGGCUCUGAUUUUUAUACAUUAUCUCCCCCUUUAAAAUAUAAGCUCCUUGAGGGCAGGAACUAUUGUUUUGUUUUGUUUUUUUUUUCCUUUGUGUCUUCAACCUUAGCACAAUGCCUGGCAUAUAGUAAAUCCUUAAUAAAUACUUGUUGACUGUCUUCCUCCAAUCAGCAUGAUAAUUUUCCAAACACGGAAUGAAUGGUCUUGAGAAAUGCUAGAAUGUGGCAUUUGUCUUUUAUGAUUCAUUCAACACAUAAGGUUGGUUUUCACAGAGUUAAAUACCCCAGCAAAAAAGAUCCUUUUUGUCCUGAAGAUGUUGCCAUGAGAAGAGAAUCACUGAGUUCUUUUUUUGUGCCCAUAUUCCCUGAGCUUCUAUUGAGUCUCAGAUAGGUUGCUGGGCCAGAAAUAGAAAUAUUAUGUCUUCACAGGUAAUGAUUUCAGGGGAGAGGUAAAGUCAUUGUUCCAUCAGCCAACUUUGCUCUGCCUCAACUCAUUCUUCAAGAAUAAGUAUCAAUUGAUAAUAAGUGUUCCAGCAAUUGAGAAUCCAGUUUGCAUUAAAAACAAAACAAAACAUUUUCCUCUGUUUGAGGAGGAUGGAGGAAAGGGCUGUGUAAAAAUGCACACAGGUGGCCCAAUUUGAAAUAUUCUUGCAAGUGUAGCUUAUUGUGUACAAUACACGUUUCUGAAAAGCUAUGUUUAACUGCUUUUUUUUUUUUUUGUAAAUCUAAUUAUUUAAAAUACUAUAUACUGGUGGGUGGGUAGGGGUAGAGAAGAGCUUGUUAUUUAAAUUUUAUGGUGAAUUGCCUUUUGUAAAGCAUUGUUUUGUAAAAAUGAAUAACAACUCUAAUUUUUAAAAUCUGGGUUUUCCUGGUUUUUCUAAAUCUUGAUUUUCAUAUAGCAGUUUGCAUAAAGUGGAAUGUACUCAUAUUUGCAUUGCUGAGAAAGGCAUAUAUUUUAGUGGCAGGACCUGAGCUAUAUAGCCUCAGCUUUUGGUCAUUUAAAAAUAUUAAGUUUUUCUCAAAUAUAUUUGACUAACUUGGGUAAUUAUGUCCAAAAAAAAUCAUCACCUAGUGGUCAACCUUUUGGUGAUGAACAUCUGGGUUCAGUCAGUUUGAGACUGAGCCCCCACUCAAAACCUUGGUGGGAGCUGUUUGCCGGAGCCCAGACUCUUCUGGCAAAGGCUUCUAGAACUCAGGCUUACCCCCACACUCCAAAGAGGCAUGGAAAGAUGGUGUUGGUGGAGGAUUGAUAAAUCAGGGAUUCAUGAAUAUUAAAAUAUGCUCAUUCAAAUGGCCAUUCUAACAGUUUUUGUGUGUUUAUAACUACAUACUAGUGAAGAGAAGAAAAUGAUUUUAAGAAAAGGGAAAAACAGAGACCAUGCCUAAGACCUUGAGUUAAAAACUCCACAUUUUUAGUGACUUCCUAUGUGACUCUAGUGGGAAGUAACUAGCCCAUCUGGACUCUGGAUGAAAAUGGAGAGCAGCUUUUUAUUUUGUCAUAACUCUUUUUAAGAUUCCUGAAGAAUAAGAUCAGGGAGAUGGCUGCUACUGGUGUGGUAUGUAACCCUGGGCAAGUUAUUUUACCUCUCUCUGCCCAGCUUUCUCCCUGGAAAAAUGAGUCUUUGGCACUAAAGAGACAAGACUUAUUUGGAUCUGAUUCCAAAAGGCAAUUACUUGCAUUCCCACCAACUACUCAGAAUGAGUCCAUGAUUUAUUAUUACUUUUACCUUGCACUUUGCAUGAGAUUCUCCUAAGGAAGCAGAUGUCUAUAGUGAAGAAACUGUGGCCCUGUUAUCAAUUUCUGGCCAAAUCGAGUGUGGCAGAACAGGAAAUGGUUAGUUUAAAACUACCGUACUCCUGCAGCACAUGUGUCAGCUAUCUUUAUUAUGUUCAGUUAUUUUUUUCAUUAAUUUUAGUGAGAAACUAGAGAGAUUUAAAAAAAAAAUCUGUACUUUGAACACAGACCUAUUUCUCUUUUUUCCCAUGAAGCAUAGAGUUGGGUCUUAGAAAACCUCAUGUGAGAGAUUUCUACUCCAAAUAAUGAUUUCAGUAUUUUUUAUGUAGUGUAAAAUGCAAUUGUGAGGCACAAGAUUGAAUAGUACAUAGAGUACUGGGCCUGAAGUGAGAAAGACUGAGUUCAACUUCUAUCUAAGUUUUAUCACCUUUUGCUUUUGUCUCAGGCAGUUUUGUAUUGAUUCAUAAUGCAUAGCUGACCCCGUUGAGUAUGGGAAAAUUUGAGCACAUUAUUGCACCCUUUAAAGAAAGAAUGUGUUGGGGAGGGGGCAGAGAGUAGGGAUAUAGCCAACUGGAACUUCUAGGAGAACAAUUGUUAAUAUGCAGGUACAACACUUGACUACAGUCUGAUGAUUUUUCAAAAUCAGGGAAGUCAAUGACUUUUUUGUAGAUUGUUGGAAUUUAUUCUUCUUUAUAUUGUUAAAUUAUUUUGUUUUUAUAAAAUAAAAUUGGAGAUCAAAA